AUGAAUGUGAGAUUCGAGUGGAAGGAUUUUGGGAUGUUCCCGGAGAGAUUGGCGUGGGAGAUGCCCCGAGGUGGAGACGGGGACGGAGGAGACAGUGAGGUCGGUGAGGUUGACGAGGCGAGCGAGGGAGAGUCCCGAGAGGCGGGGGAAGGAGGAGACGGGGGAGAAGGAGUGGAGCGAGUCCGGGAGGUGAGGGGGAGGGGAGAGGGAAGGGCAGUUGUGGAAAGAGAGGGAGGUGAGGGAGGGGGAGAGGGCUUUGAGGGCUGUGGAGGAGAUGGAGAGAUCGGAGGAGCAGUUUGUGAAGGAGAGGGAGGUGACGAGGCGGAAUGGGGAGCCGGUGUCGCAGGUUACGACGGUGGUGGCGGGUUUUUUGGAGGAGGGGUGGUGGUGGUUGCAGGGGUUCUUGAGGGUGAGGAUGUUGAGGGAUUCGAGGGCUUUGAGCUGCUUUGGGUCGAGUGGGGAGGUGGAGGAUGUGCGAGGGGGAGUGGGGGAGGUGCGUGGGACCAGGACCGGCUUUAG